AUGUAUUAUUCUUCUCUUUCAAUCUUGGGGAUUCUCAUUCCUCUUCUCGCGGCCGUUGGGCAGGCAAACGUGGAAAAGACCAUUUUCCUCGCGCCGCCCGCCGCAACUGUUCCCUCCGAUGAGCCCGACCUCGACGACCUCGGCCUGGAACGGCUCUCACCACACAACACGGUGGUGCGCACGCGUCUGAAUGCAUCAUUUCCGACGACCGAGGCACCCGACGGCACAGACUCGUGGUUCUUUCUCGAGAACCUGAGACCAGGGCAGCGGUACGAAGUGCGAGUGUGCUGGCUGGCGACUCAACCAACGGAUUUCACACUCACCACCUACCCCCUAACAAACACUAUCGAGGAUCCCGCCCUCCUCUCCUCCCUCAGCGUGUUCUCUACCGCGCGCCUCGCAUCCCUGGACUCUCGGCUCCAGGCAAACGCCAUCCCCCGCCGAGCCAGCACGCAUGAUGCAGGGAAAACGUUGGACCCAGCGCCCACGACGGACUCGGUCCUCUUCCUGCGCGUGCGGGCCGCGGCAGACUACUUCAGUGCCGAUGACGCCCUGAUGCGCGAGGUGCCGCCCGUGGCGGUAGAUCUGAUCCUCGAUCCUUUCCUGUUGAAUGUAUUUCCGCGGUCGUUGGUUCCCACGGCCGGGUGGAUGAUUGUCGUGGCUGUUGUUGCGCUGGUGCUCGCACGGUGGAUUGUUGGGGAACUUGGGAGGGUUGUUGAGGAUGCGAAGCGAAAUCACGUCGUGCAGGCAAGUAAAAAGGGGAAAUAA